UGUAUCGGGUCGUGACCGUGGAUGUCGCCGGCGGAGGCCGCAGUUUGUCAUAUCUAGCUGAAAGUGUUCGUGGAUCAGUCGUCAUCGACAAGUUACAUAGCGGAUUCAUUCAUUUGUCAUGUCUGACGAGGAAGUGAUCCGUCGUCGGCUGAUGAUCGACGGCGACGGAACGGGAGAUGACCGACGGCUGAACAUGUUUCUGAAGAACCUCACAAAGUGGGCAAUGUCUGAUGAUGCAUCAGGAGAUGAAGGGUCCCUUACUUAUGAGCGACUGAUGUCCCAGCUGAGCCAGUGUGAGUUCUCCAUCGCUAAAUCACAACAAGGAUGCAAGAUGAAUGCCAUUGAGCUGGAAAACUAUGAGACACUUUACAAGCAGAUCGACUCAGGCACAGAGUUGGUGAAAGCUGAAAUAGUUCAGGCGAAGGAGGAGCUAAACAAAGCCAAACAGAUACGUCGGAAUCGGAUGGAGUACGACGCACUCGCCAAAGUCAUCAAUCAGCAGCCGGACAGAAAGGAGACGGAGGCGCGCCUGGCCGAGCUGAAGGCCGAGCUCCAGUCGAUGCAGGCCUGCCAGGAUGGACUCGACGCCAAGCUGGAGAUGCGCCGCAAGCAGUUUCACGUGCUGGUGACGUCCAUCCACCAGCUGCAGCAGAUGCUGGAUGAGGAGCAGCCGGAGGAAGGCGCCGACUGCAGCGCGGCCGACAGUCCCAUGGACGCCUCGUGACCGACCGGCCUCCGUGCUCGGCGAUCUGGACUCGCGCGGUGGUGGGGGGGGGGGGGGGGGUUGCAAACCACGUUGAACCCCUUGGCCGGAACGACGAUGGGUUCAGGAAGGCGUGGAGGGAAUAGCGUUGACUACACGUGUGUGACUGCUGUCAGUGUGGGUAAAUGCGCAGCGUAAUAUUGCAUGUAUUGGGUCUCUUUACAUAUAUUGGGUCUCUCUGUUUUCAGAAUUGUCAGAGCUCAUCAUCAUCAAAAUGUGAAUACAAAUGACUGUGUAC